AUGGUAGCAGGAUUGCGUCUUUUUGCUCCAUUGGCGGUGCUGCUAUCGGCCGUCGCGCAAGAGACGGGCAACCAUCCGGACUGGCCGCGAUGGUGCGGCAAGGUGUACAAACCAGAAUAUCCCAGCUUUGAGCCUGGCGGUGAAUCUACCGAACCAAAGGCCCUGCCCAGCCCCGCGCUUCAUGUCCAGUUCAAGCCGCGCUACAACAUUUACCUCGAAGGCGAGACGCAGGGCGAGUUUAUUGUUAAUGCAGAUAUAUCCAAGUGGUACGGAGUGCCGUGGCCCAAGCUCGACGCGCCCGCCGACGCGCCGCCCGUCGUCUUCACCAUCAACCUCGUCGCCAACAAUAGCGUGCUCGUCUCGCGCAACGUCAGCGUCGGCACGCGCGACAACCUCUUUGCCUUUAACCUGACGGGACUGCAGCCCAGUCUCGAGCCGUACAAGGUGGUGCUCUUUGGCGCGACCGAGGCGGGCGCACCCAACGUCACGGCCACCAGCGAGCUGCACUACCUUCCGGAAAAGAAGACCGGCAGCGUCACCAAGCUAGAUAAUCUGAAUGGGGGGUUUCUGUUCCGCAACGGCAAGACGGACGGCAAGUUUGAACCGCUGCUGCCGUACGGGUUCUAUGCGCUGUGCGAUCGUUUCCUGUGCGCAGACGACGCCAAGGACCAGAUUAAGAAAUAUCAUGAUCUUGGGCUGACGGGCAUGGUGUCGCUGAGCACCGUCUUCAAGUCGCGCGCCGAGUACGAGUACAUGGACUCGCUGGAUCUCAAGUACCAGUACGACCUGCGCGACUACUUUCGAAACUUGACGGCGGUGCAGGAGCAGGUGACGGCCAUUAAAGACUUUGACGCCAUCUACGCAUACUGGGGGACAGACGAGCCCGAUGGCUGGCAAUAUCCCUUUGACCAGCCCCUGUCCGCCGCCAACCUCAUCCGCAAGAUUGACCCGUACCACCCCGUCUCGGUGACGCUCAACUGCCAAAACUACUACUUUAAAGAAUACACGGCCGGCGCCGACUUCAUCAUGGCUGACCCGUACCCCAUCGCCAUCAACGCCACCUUUUCCAAAUGGGGUACGCCGUGCAACGCCACCUACGGCGACUGCGGCUGCGACAACUGCGACGGCAACGUGCAGGACGUGCCGCGGCGCCUCGACGCCCUCGCGCGGUACGAGCGCUGGCACGGCCUGUGGCCCAAGACAAAGGUGCACAACCCGCAGAGCUUCCACGGCGAGGACUACUGGUUCCGCGACCCCACGCAGGCCGAGGAGGUGGCCAUGAACGCGCUCGCAUUCAACCACGCGGCCAAGUCGAUCCUGUCGUGGGUGUGGCCGGCGAGCGAGGCCCUGGGCGAGAUUCAUGGGCGGUUUGCGAAGAAGGUGGCGACGGCGCCGGUCAGGGAAUUCCUCGUGCUGGAGAGGCCGAGUAAGAUUGAGAUGGAGGGCAGCGGGGUCCUGGAUGCGGCGUAUUGGAUGAGGGAGGACCAGGUGUUGGUGAAUGUGGUGAAUGGCGGGUAUGAAGCGAUCAAUCAGACGGUCAAGGUGCCGCUGCCGGAGACCAUUCAGCCAAAGAAGCUCAAGAGUGUGGUUUGGGGGAAUGGAACCUGGAGCAUCAAGAAUGAUGAGGUCCGGCUGGGACCGGUCGAAGGCAUGUCUACCAACAUUGUCAUUUUACAGCUUUGA